UCUAAAAAAUUAGCAUUUUACAACAUUUUAUUUAAACUUUAUUUGAGCAGGGAGUCCCAUUGAGAUCAAGGUCUAUUUUGCAAGGGAGCCCUGCAAAAGCGAACUUAUCUGGUUUUCAGAUAAGAAUAGGUAGACAACAUUGAAAAAGAAGUCAGGAAACUAUUUGUUGCACUUUUAGACCUCGUAGCUGCACUCAAAGGUGGGGGUUGUCUGCAGGUCAAGUACGGAGGUGAGAUUGUCCACAGAGCAGUUAUUUCAGACGGAGGACUGUGCGCUGUAGACUGCAGUGCAUAGCCCCCAGAACCAAACAAACAGAACCUGCAAGGACCAACCAACUGCAAAUAGAAACUCCAGUUUUCACUCCAGAAGGAGACAUUUAAAGGGAUUUUUAUUUUACUUUCAUUAAGACUUCAUGUCACGCCAAAUAACCAGUUAAAAGGGACCAACAAGCCAGCUUCUCUGCGCUGAGACCGAACCCAGGCGAGCAGUCCCCGAUGAGGCUGGAGGCCGCCGCAAGGAUGGACCUUAUCAAGAAGCUAUGGAGAGCACGCAAGCUGAUCCUGGUGGUGCUGAUCCCGCUGUCGCUGCUGCCGCUGCCCCUCAUCCACCCCACCAGCGAGGCCUGCUGUGCAUAUGUGUUGAUAGUGACAGCAGUGUACUGGGUAUCAGAAGCUGUACCCCUGGGAGCCGCUGCCCUCGUACCAGCCUUCCUAUACCCACUGUUCGGAGUGCUCAAGUCCAGCGAGGUAGCUGCAGAGUACUGUAAGGACACCACUCUGCUGCUGAUGGGGGUAAUCUGUCUGGCGGCCUCCAUAGAGAAAUGGAACCUCCACAAACGCAUCGCUCUACGCAUGGUCAUGAUCGCUGGAGCCAAGCCUGGCAUGUUGGUGCUGGGUUUCAUGUGCUGUACAGUCUUCCUGUCCAUGUGGCUUAGUAACACCUCCACCACUGCCAUGGUGAUGCCUAUCGCUGAGGCCGUCCUGCAGCAGCUCAUCUGCACCGGCGUGGCCGACACCCAGGAAGACUCCGAAACUGUCGAGGCCACCGAGGACAACUGCCUCAGCGACAAGGAAGAGAAUCUGGAAAAGAACCAACUAGAGCGUCUGUAUCGCAGAGACAGCUGUAUGAAGCAGGAGCUCUGCACUCUGACUGAGUUGCCGACUGUGGAGUCUAACGGGACUGGUAGGAAGGCCAGUAACGCUAGUCUGGGCCAGUUGUCCCUCAAGCAGACCAAUGGACACCUGCCAUCGACAGCAAUCAGCAUCCCAGAGCCUAAGAAGGAGAAGGAGAGCAAGGACUCUCGCUACCCCACCAAGAGAGAUCAUAUGAUCUGUAAAUGUCUGUCUCUCAGCAUCACGUACGCCGCCACCAUCGGAGGCCUCAUCACCAUCACCGGCACCUCCACCAACCUUAUCUUCGCUGAACAGUUCAACAAUCGCUACCCGGAUGCGAAGGUGAUCAACUUUGGGACCUGGUUCAUCUUCAGUUUCCCCAUCGCUAUCAUCAUGCUGCUGCUGACCUGGGUCUGGCUGCACUUCCUCUUCCUUGGCUGCAAUUUCAGGGAGACAUGCUCGUUGAGUAAAAAGCGUAAGACAAGGAGAGAGAUGCUGUCAGAGAGGAGGAUCCACGACGAGUACAUAAAGCUUGGGCCUAUCAGCUAUCCAGAGGUGGUGACAGGAGUGUUCUUCAUACUGAUGACUCUGCUGUGGUUCACCAGAGAACCAGGCUUCGUACCCGGGUGGACGUCGCUGUUCGAGAAGAAAGGCUACAGGACCGACGCCACUGUCUCUGUGCUGUUGGGCUUCCUGCUCUUCCUCAUCCCGGCCCGUCGGCCCUUCUCUCGGGCCCCCAGCACCCCCGCAGGGGAAGGUUCCGCAGAGAGAGACCCAGACCCCCUGGCCCCCAUGAUCACCUGGAAGGACUUCCAGAAUCUCAUGCCCUGGGAGAUCGUCAUCCUGGUGGGAGGGGGCUACGCCUUGGCUGCUGGCUGCAAGGUUUCGGGGCUGAGUGUGUGGAUAGGCAGACAGCUGGAGCCGAUGAGUGGUCUCCCCCCGUGGAUGGUCACGCUGCUGGCCUGCCUGCUCGUCUCUGCGGUUACAGAGUUCGCCAGCAACCCCGCCACUCUCACCGUGUUCCUACCUAUCCUGUCUGCACUGUCGGAGACCCUGCAGAUCAACCCCCUCCACACACUCAUCCCCGCCACCAUGUGUGUGUCAUUUGGGGUCAUGCUGCCCGUCGGGAACCCCCCCAACGCCAUAGUGUUCAGUUACGGACACGUGCAGAUCAGCGACAUGGUGAAGGCAGGUUUUGGGGUGAAUCUGAUUGGGGUUCUAGUGGUGAUGCUGGCCAUAAUGACCUGGGGCGUGCCCCUCUUCAACCUGACUGAGUUCCCAGACUGGGCCAUCGCCAGGAACGUCACUGGCAGCUUAUAACCACGCGGGGGUGCGAGAGAGUGCAGACAGUCACGCAGAGAGAGAGAGAGAGGCAGAGAGCGGAAGAAUGCUGAAGAGGUCUCAAAACAGAGACCCACUCGCCGUCUCUUUUACUGUAAAUGCCAAAUUGAAAGGGACUGAGGCUUAUUCCUUCAACCUGGCUGGUAACGUCUGAGAAUCGGGCAGGUUGGGGAAGGAAAGUGGAAGGAAAGAAGCAUGUUGAUAAAACAAGUUUACUGGAGAACGGAGACCAAGUAGAGACUUUUGGACAAGGUGGAUA